ACCCUCCUCCGCUCCGCCUCCCGGCUCCAGUGUGUAUGAGCAGCGGGAGAUGGAGUGUCGGGAGGCCGUAGUUUCCUCCCUGAGUUGGGCUCUGAUCGCCGGCGGAGCGUUGUACCUGCUGCAGCAGACGCGGAGCCACACGCCGUACGGCCGCUACGCGCCGCCGGGGGAGAGUCGCUGCUGCCCGGCCAGACUGGGCUGGUUCCUCCAGGAGGUCCCGGCCUUCCUGCUGCCGCUUCUUAUACUGCUUUAUACCGAUGCGGAGCCGGGGAACACCGGGGACAAGAGCACCGGUAGGACGCUACUGCUCGGCACCUUCAUGCUGCACUACUUCCACAGGACCUUUAUCUACUCCUUCCUGAUGAGAGGACGGCCCGUCCCGCUGCCCAUCGUCCUAUACGCCGCUAUCUUCUGCUCGCUCAACGGCUUCCUGCAAGGUCACUUCCUGUUGCACUGCGCCCGAUACGACCCCGGCUGGCUGACGCACGCUCGGCUCGCCGCAGGUUUUCUUCUGUUUGUUUGCGGUUUGAUCAUCAACAUCCACAGUGACCACAUCCUACGCAGCCUGAGACGCCCCGGAGAGACCGUCUACAGGAUCCCCUACGGGGGAAUGUUUGAGUUCGUGUCUGGUGCCAACUUCUUCGGGGAGAUCGUGGAGUGGUGUGGUUAUGCCGUCGCCACGUGGUCGUUACCGACCUUCGCCUUUGCCUUCUUCACCGUGUGCUCCAUCGGGCCCCGGGCCGUCCACCACCACAGAGACUACCAGCAGAGGUUUGAAGACUACCCUCGCUCCAGGAAAGCUCUCAUUCCUUUCAUACUGUAACAACGGAGGAGAGUCGACGGACCAGAACUGAUCGUCUGCAGCUGUGUUUCAGCUCAAUGGUUUCCUCUCACGGGAUUGUAGUCAAGCGGAGGUUUCCCACAUUCCUAGAGGUGGAGAGUUACUGUACUUUUACUCCACUAACGUACUAUUCUUAGCUACUUUGCAUUAGUAUGUCCCAUGUUAUGCUGCUUUCUACUUGUCCUCUACACCACUGGUUCUCAAGCUUUCUUCACUAAUGUUCCCCCUUUGAACAGUGUUUUGAAGCCAUGUACCCCCUGACCAGCACGAAUAAUUCGGUAGAAAAAUAAAGUCUCUAUAAAGAGGAAGAAGACAGCGAUGUCAGCGAUAUUUACUAAACUACAGCCUUGGACCUGGAAAACAUUUAGAUGAUCAUGGAGAAAGGAAAAAACUUUUUAAAAAAAUGACAAAAGGAAGGAAGUUAGGCAAGAACA